AACGGAAUGAAGGCCGCGAGGACACGAGAGCACGGGGUUUCGCCUUGAGCUUGCUUGGAAGGCUCGAGCGCUGCUCUGGGAUUGGGGAUCAUUUCUGUACAGUUUGGACGAAGGGCAGGCACUUCAAUGGAAGCUCUAGCUGCUCUCGCUGGGGCGCGGUGCCCGAGUGCUCUCGUCUCGUCGUCCGCAAGAUGCGCUUCUUCGUCGAGAGGAGAGCAGUCUGCUGCAGCUGCUUCGUCUUCGUCGAUUGCCUUCCACAACGGACUUCGAGCUGUGAACAAUGACAGGCUGCAUAAGCAAGGGUUGACGCUCUCAUUUCACGAGAAAGUGCAAAAUUCCCUCAAAACUAGGGGCGACAAGAGUGGAGCAUGUCGUGCACAGGUGACGAUGAUGCCAAUCGGAACUCCAAAAGUUCCUUACAGAACUCCCCAGGAAGGUGGUUGGCAGUGGGUCGACAUCUGGAAUGUACUUUACAGGGAACGCAUCAUAUUCAUAGGACAAUAUAUCGAUGAGGAGUUUGGAAAUCAGAUUCUCGCAACCAUGCUGUACCUUGACAGCAUUGAUAACACAAAACCCAUGUAUCUAUACCUCAACAGUCCCGGUGGAGAUAUGACUCCUUGCAUGGCCAUAUAUGAUACCAUGGAUAGUAUCAAGAGUGAAGUAGGAACUUUGGCUCUUGGUUACGCGUACAACAAUGCCGGCCUACUUCUGAGUGCUGGUGCCAAGGGCCUCCGCGUAGCCAUGCCUAUGACAAGGAUUGCGCUCCAAUCACCGUCAGGAGCCGCUCGUGGAACGGCCGAUGAUAUUCAAAACGAAGCAAAGGAGCUUUCUCGGGUUAGGAACUACGUAUUCAACCAGGUCUCCAAGAAGACUGGGCAGCCUAUUGAAAAGGUGAUGAAGGACCUAAGUCGUAUUAAACGAUUCAGCUCUCAAGAAGCACUUGAGUAUGGAUUAAUUGAUCGCAUUGUUCGUCCACGACGAAUUAAAGCUGACGCGAACUCCAAGCAAAGAUCAGGAGUUGGACUAGGCUGAAACAUCCGAAACGUUGAUUUGAACCGUACUACACUCUGCCUCGAAACAACAUAGUAACAGACAUCUUCGUCGGUCUACCAUAUGCAGGUUAGAAUAUGAGGAGCAUGUACACAUACCUCCAUCAUUUUGUUACUUCUCUCCACAUACCUCUCGUGGAACAUCACAAAAUGUACACAAAGUGCCGUAGUCAUGGGCGGAGGAAUAUCUGACCUUGAUUUACAUUGAUAAAGUCUACGCUUUC